UCCAGCCACUAGCCGACUAGUCUGAGACUAUAAAACUCACCUCGCGCUCCAGCCAAUCUCAUCUUCCUCUACUUCUUCUCACUCAAAAUUCAAUUAUAUUUAAAAAACAUUUAAGUUUGUGCUGCCCAAUCAACAGAAAAACUGAAAUGAGGAUUACCGUCAAAGUGAGCACUUUGUUCCUCUUGUGCUGCCUGCUGAUCAGCGGCGGACAAGGCCGUCCCCAUGCCCAAGAAUUGCCCGGCCAUGCCAUCAGUGAGGACAGUAAUGCCAAAUAUGAAGUUUACGUCCCGGACGGUCGUGGCGAUAUGGCCCAGCAACUGUUGACUCUUCCAGAGAUCCGCACUCUGCUCGCCCGUCAGGCCGACAGUCCGGCCGACUCUGACAUCAUCUCCCUGGAAGGUGGCAAGCGCCUGAUGGAAACGGUGAUGCUGCCGGCCAUCCCCACGUCCAAAGUGGGCGUGUCUGACGUCAUUUCCAGCGUCAGGUCCAUCAUGGCCUCGGAGAUGGCCCAGCACGAGCAACAACAUUUCCAGCCGGAAAAGGUCGUCGUCGUUCAAGCGCAGGCCCCUCCAGCAGAUGAAGUUGUCGUUCCAGUUGUGGCCAGCGAAGCUCAAACCGAUAUUGUCCUGUUGCCGGAAUCGACCGAAGUGUCGCCGGAAGAGUCGACUCCUUCCGUCGUCGAUUCCGCACUGGACUCGGCCGUUUCUUACACCGCCGAUCAAAGACAAGAUCAUCACCACGACGAACAUCACGGAGAUCAUCACGCUGCCCAUCACGGGGACCAUCACGGGGACCAUCACGGGGACCAUCACGGUGCCCAUCACGGGGACCAUCACGGUGCCCAUCACGGAGAGCACCACGGUGAGCACCACCACCACGAGCACGACCAUCCGGCUGCCGUUUUCGAGCCGUUGCCCAAGGGUAGCAUCGGCCUGUUGGCCACCAACCAGGCCCAGGAUCAGGAGCUGAUCGACUUGACCGUGUCCAGCAACAAGAUCGCCUGGCAGGUGUGGAACAAGUCCAUCAAGGGCCGAUCCGUCGAGGACAAUCAAGUCUUCUCCCCGCUGGCUUUGACAUCCGCCCUGGGCAUCAGUUUUCUGGGCGCCAGGGGCUCUUCUGCCGAGGCUAUCGACAACGCCCUCGGCCUGGACAGCCUGACCUCCCGCAAUCCGCACCUGCACCUGCAGCAAGUGGCCAAGGACUUUGACCUGAGCGAGCACUUCCAGUUUGGCCAGUCGCACACGGUCUACGUCGACGAGAAGAGAGGCAAAGUCCAGGAUGUUUUCAAGGCCCGACUGGACACUCUCUACGGAGCCAUCACCACCAACAACUUGACAGAGGCCAGGCAGUUGGUGGCCAGGGACAAUCUUCAGCAAGUCGCCCAGGACGACGAACUCCGUUCGCCAUUCGGAAUCGUCUCCACCGCUACUCUCAAUGUGGCCUGGCCGAGUUCGACCGUCUCAGCCGACCAAGAGGAAGAGUAUCUUCAAUUCUUGAACUUGCCAUCGUCGGUCCAAGUGGCUGCCGGACGCAAAUUGGUCGCCGUUCCCACCAUCCGCACGGCCGGACACUUUUACGCUGGAUACAACGCGGAAAUGGACGCCACCGCCGUUGCCGUUCCCCUGCACGCGGUCCGCGAAGGCGAGGCUCCUGCCUGGGCCUCCAGCGACGCCCUGGACCAGGCCGGACACCUCAGCCUCGUUUUGGUCAUGCCCGGAUCUUCCAGCAAAUUCUCGGCCGGCGGAUCGGGUCUGUCCUCGCUGGAAGCUCGUCUGGCCAGCCAAGAUGACGGAUGGGACCACCUGUUGCGUCAGACUAAGCCGCACCAUCUCGUCGUGGAGAUGCCGAAAUUGUUCGACUCGAGCCGGAUCAACUUGACGGAAUCCAUCCAGACGGCCGACGGCGGUCGUUUGGCUUCGCUGUUCGACAAGAAGAAGGCCGACUUUAGCGCCAUCUCGGCCGCUAAACCACUUUACCUGAGCGACGUCAUCCAGAUGGCCCGCCUCAACAUUUCAUCCGUCGCCACUCUGGCCGGAGGUGAUGAAAUCACUGGGCGAAGCGCCGAUGCCAAGAAGAAGAUGGGUGCCAAACCCAACAACAACAAGGGCAAGGAAGCCAACAAGGCCAAACCGACCAAAGUUCAGGUGACGGUCAAAGCUCCUUGCCAGGAGGCCAUCGAGAAAGCCGUGGCGGACGCCAUGACAGCCCACAUCAAAAAAACCCAACAGCAACUGAAUACCAAGGGCAAACCAGCUGCAGUGGCUGGGAAAAAUCCCGCUCCUUCGAUCCCCAAACCAGCGCCUAAACCCGCUGCUAAACCCGCUGCUAAACCAGCAGCUAAACCAGCAGCUAAACCCGCAGCGAUUAAACCAGUGACCAGUAAACCUGUGGCCAAACCCGUGGCCGCCUCCUUGAUCAAGAAUCCAGCUCCUAAACCUGCAGCCAAACCGACCGCUAAACCAGUGGCCGAACCACCGGUGAAGCCUGUCGUUAUCAAGCAAUCCUAUGCACAGAAUAAACCGACAAGUAAACCGGUGGUCAAACAAUCGACUUCCAAACCCCUAAUAACGGCCACUCGACCCACCCCUAAACCCACAACCAAACCCACCACUCGCCCAAGUACUACAACUCGACCACGCCCCAAUGUCCAGCAGCAAAAGCCGACCACCAAACCCACCACUAAACCCAGUACAACAACUCGACCACGCCCCAAUGUCCAGCAGCAACAGUCGAGCAAGAAACCGGCGGCUGUUAGCACAACAACCAAGAAACCUACUACACCUUCAACGGCUUUCACUCGACCCAGACCCAACGUCCAACAGUCGACCAAGAAACCCGUGCCUUCUUCUACCACCAAAAAACCGGUGCCUACUACCAAGAAGCCCGUGGGUACCACCAAGAAACCGGUUGCUACCACCAAGAAACCGGUAACGACUACCACCAAGAAACCGGUAACAACUACCACUGUCACUCCAGAACCGGUGGAAACCACGACGACAGCGUUGCCCCCUGCCAAAAGGGUGACGGCUAAGCCAAAGACCACGCCCAAAACCCCGUGCCCUCUCCUAAUCCACAAACAACAGCAAUCGGCUGCUGUUGUUGUUGCCAAAAAACCCAACAACAACAAACAAACGACUAAAAAGACGACUGAGGUUGGAGGAUACAAAAAGUCCGGCAGGAUGGAACGUGCCACAGCUGAAGAGACUCACCCGGUGCAGCGCCUCAGUUUCAACCGGGCAUUCCUCUACGCCGUCCGUCACAAUCCCACCGGUCUCCUCCUCAUGGUCGGCCGUUACGUCCAUCCUGAAGAAUAAAAAGGGCAUAAAAACAAAAAAUACGAAAGUUAAUUUGGAAAGAUGAAUGAUGGAAGCGGUGUCAACCAAUUUUGAUUGAAAAAGGAAACAAUCAUACGUGAAAAAACUAAUUAUAUCUCCUAGCCCCUCUCUUAACAUUUGUAAUCCCUCCCAGUUGAUCCAAACCCCCGAAACUAAGUAUACAAUAUUUAUCUCUUUUUAAUAUUUAUAUCAUUACGAAAGGAAAAUGCAGCCAUGAUAAAAAUCCAUAUUAAUUAAAGUAAAACGCGCUUGGAACGUUGGAAGUUUCAUGUUAUCCCGCAAUUUGAUUUUGUUUUUUAAAAGACUUUGAUUCCAAUUCAUCCUACAAACACAUAUUCAACUGUCUGCAGAAAUAUAAAAACCGUUCCGUUUACAA